AUGGCCUCUACGCGUCCCCCUGCCCCCGAGGUUCACAGCGCCGUGAACCUCCUGAUCGAUAACCUCGUCAACAUUAAAGAUGAGACCGGAAAAUUCCUCCUUCACCUCCCCGACGGACGCAUCAUCGAUACAAAGUCCUGGCAUGGUUGGGAGUGGACACACGGCAUUGGCCUAUACGGUGUAUGGAAAUACUACGAGUUGACCGGCGAAGCUAGACUCCUCCAGAUCAUCGAGGACUGGUUUGCUGCCCGAUUCGCCGAGGGCGGUACAACCAAGAACAUCAACACAAUGGCCGUGUUCCUAACACUGGCGUACGUGUAUGAGAAGACCGGCAACGUUACUUAUUUGCCGUGGCUUGACGCGUGGGCCGAGUGGGCUAUGCACGAGCUUCCCCGCACCCGCUACGGCGGUAUGCAGCACGUCACAUAUAUCACUGAGAACUACCAGCAGCUCUGGGAUGAUACUCUGAUGAUGACUGUGAUGCCUCUCGCUAAGAUCGGCAAACUCCUCAACCGUCCCGACUACAUCGCUGAGGCGAAGAAGCAAUUCCUGACUCACAUUAAGUACCUAUUCGACACAAAGACAGGUCUUUUCUUCCACGGGUGGACAUUCGAGGACGGUGGUCACAACUUCGCGGAUGCGCGCUGGGCGCGAGGAAACAGCUGGGUCACCAUUGUGAUUCCUGAGAUCAUUGAGCUGCUGGAUUUGGAGCCUACUGACCCGAUACGUUUACAUCUGAUUGAGACCUUAGAGGCGCAGUGCGAGGCACUUCAGCGCGUGCAGUCCGAGUCUGGCGGUUGGCAUACUCUCUUGGACCACCCCGACUCCUACCUCGAGGCAUCUGCCACUGCAGGCUUUGCCUAUGGUAUCCUGAAGGCAGUGCGCAAGCGCUAUAUUGGUGCACAGUACCGACCUGUGGCCGAGAAGGCGAUUCAGUCUGUGAUCAAGGAUAUCGAUGAUAAGGGCGAGCUUCAGAAUACCAGCUUUGGCACCGGAAUGGGUGACUGUCUGCAGUUCUACAAGGAUAUUCCCUUGACCUCCAUGCCAUACGGACAGGCAAUGGGUAUCAUGGCACUGGGAGAGUACCUGCGCACCUAUAUCUAG